AUGGCGGAACGAGAGAACGACUCGGAUAAUAACCCUCCCAGGAAGCGCAUCGCUGUUGCCGUAUCCUCGAGGGAAACGAUAUUAAGGAACGAAUCCAACUUUGCAUAUACUAUGGACACGGCAAGAACGUACCACGCCAGAGGCAGUGUAUCUAUGAGCCCGGCCGUCAGCCAGUUCUCUCCUGACGGCUUACCCGCCAUGGCAUCUGGCGAGAUGCUGGGCUCGUACCGGCAAAGCCCUGGCUCGGCGUACCCCUAUGCCGGAAAGCCAUAUUACGGGCCCGUCCCUGGAUGGUCGAACGGGUACGCCGAGGAUAGUGGUGACUACGGACUGCAGUAUGCCCAUACCCAUGCCCAAUCCCAUCACUCGUACCCGUGCCUGACUCUGGAGGACGAGGCUCGCCUAACCUUGAAAUGUGGUGCCAACAACAGGUUGAGUCCCGGUGGCAAGUAUAGCAACGGCGCCGCCGCUGCUGCUGCGAACGGAGGCAUCUACAUUGAUGUCGACCCGGGUUACCCCUACACUACUAAUUCACCAAAUUUGGUGCACAGGCCGCAGCAGGUGCCUCUCAGUGCCGCGGACCUUUCGAACUUUUCGCUGACGAGCGUGGCGGCUUCGAUGCCGCAGUCGCAUCCGCAGCAGCUUCAUGGUGUUUCCAGCAAGGAGAGGAUGCUGCCGUCCCCUACGCGAAACCUCGCCGGCUCCAACGGAUUAGCUUCUUACAGAAGUGACUCGUCGACUAGCCUUUACCAGCUGGCCAAGGUUGGAUCUUCGGUGGCAUCUAGCGCACACACGUCGCCCGUCACUACCAUCCCCGACGUUACGAGUGGAUAUAGCGCCUACGAUGGCUCUCCUAUUGCUACUGCGUAUGCCCACUCAGUUCAGCAGGCCACCACCACCCAGCAGCCCUCUCCUAUGGCUUCAUUCAAGGCUUCUUCGGCCAGCGAGUCCAUUUUCUCCGCGGCGGAGAACGCCCUGCGUACGCAGUCGCCCAGCACCGAGCUGGCCUACAGGUACUCCGGCUCACCUCAUCGAGGCGACUCUGGAUCCUCGGGACCGCAGCUUGCAAACGGCCAAGUCUACACGGCAAUUCCGCCUCCACCCGCAGGCUCUGUGGGAGGAGCUGGCACGUCGUACUUGAUGCCCGGAGCAAGCAGUGGCGGCCCGGGCAGUGGCGACAUGGGUGGUGGUAGCGCGAAGGUGGAGGCACAUCGCCGGGCCGUGGCCGGGCUCCAUGCGGCAUAG